UGUCAAGUUAUGAGAAAAAUAUUGCCCAGUAUCCAUUGAUUCAAUAUUUCACUAUUAUUUUAGAAUAUAUUACAUCCAUUGUAUGUAACCUGUUUUUAAAGAGUUGCUGAACAAAUACUUAUUUUUCCUAUUUCAGGAACGGAUUGUCUUGGUGUACCGAGGUUUCCAAAUGCCAUACCCGAGGGAGAGACGAAGAAUUCAUAUAGGUCGGGUGAGCAGGUGACUUACACUUGUGCAGAGUUUUACCAAAUGGAUGGACCCAGUACUGUAACGUGUAUUAAUAGGAGAUGGACGGGAAGGCCAACAUGCAGAGACAGUUCUUGUGUGAAUCCGCCCACAGUACAAAAUGCUUCUAUGAGGGAAAGACAGAAGAAUAGAUAUUCAUCUGGUGACAGAGUACAUUACGAAUGUUGGAGACCUUAUGAAAUGUUUGGGGAUGCAGAAGUGAUAUGUGUAAAUGGAAACUGGACAGAACCACCUCAGUGCAAAGAUUCUACAGGAAAAUGUGGCCCGCCUCCACCUAUUGUCAAUGGAGACACUACUUCAUUCCCACUGUCAGUAUAUGCUCCAGAUUCAUCAGUGGAGUAUCAAUGCCAGAACUUGUAUGAACUUGAGGGUAACAAGCGAAUAACAUGUAGAAAUGGACAAUGGUCAGAACCACCAAAAUGCCUACAUCCAUGUGUCAUAUCACAAGAAACUACGAAAAAAUAUAACCUAGUAUUUAGGUGGACCAGAGAACAAAAACUUUAUGUAAGAUCAGGUGAACCAGUUCAAUUUCAGUGUAAAUAUGGAUAUCGUCCUUCACCACGUUCUCAAAAUUUUCGAAAAACAUGUCAGGAUGGGAAACUGGAGUAUCCCACUUGUGUAUAAAACAAUCAGAAUUAAAAUCCACACCUUUAUUCAGAACAUUAUUAUUAAAUCAGUGUUCAAUUUCAUUUUUAAGUAUUGUUUUAUUCCUUUUUAUUCAUAAGUAAAAUUUUGGGUUGAUUUGUGAAAAUGUACUUAUAAUCUGAGACCCAUGGCCCUCUUCUUAAAAGCUCCACAUUAAAACUUGGCAAAUAAA